AUAUCUCAUCUACUUAUAAAGAUAUCAGAGGUUUACUGGAAGAGAUUGAUGUAACGUCUUCGAAAGACCAGUCCCUUAAACUUUGUUUUAUACAUAUUUAAGUGAUCAAAGCUUUCCCUGUAGGUGGUAAAAAAGCCAAGUAGGCAUUGCCAUCUGCGUAGGAGGGAAAAAAGGCCAUCAAAGAAGAAGGCUCAUCAGAUAGCAGAACCGGUAACAACAGAGGCAUUUUAUGAACUACACCGAUAGUGGGCUGGCCUAUAGCAACAAAAAGGGACACACUCAAACAGGUGCGUCACAUUUCACACGUGAACUCUCGAAAUAUUCCUCUCCUAUCAAAUCAGAAAGAAGAACUGUGAAGAAGAGGCUGCUUUGAGGUCAGUCGUACAGUUAUGAACGAGUCCACAGAUUACGCACAUACUGAUGAUUAUGAUUAUUACGAAAAUGCGGCACCUUGUAACCUGACGCAGUUAAACAAACAGCAAGUGGCCAUCCUGACCUUCAUCUACUCUCUGAUUUGCACGCUCGGCCUGCUGGGCAAUGUUUUGGUCCUGCUGACCUACGCCUUCUACAAGAAAGGAAAAACCAUGACCGAUAUCUACCUGGUUAACGUGGCCAUGGCGGAUCUGCUGUUCGUCAUCGCCCUACCGCUGAUCAUCUACAAUGAACAGCACGACUGGAGCAUGGGCACGUGGGCUUGUAAGUUUCUGAGAGCAGCCUACAGCAUGAACGUGUACAGCAGCACGCUCCUGCUGGCCUGCAUCAGCGGUGACCGCUACAUCGCCAUCGUGAAAGCCCGGAGAUCGGUUCGGAUCCGACACCAAGCUCAGGUUUACAGCCAUCUCAUCUGCUCGGUCGUAUGGACGCUGGCUUUCAUCUUGUCUCUGCCUACGCUUAUAUAUUACAAGGAGGACGAAAAGGAAUGCAUCCUCAGCUUCGAUGAGCACAAGCUCGCCAAGAUCAUGAAGAUCCUGAUUCCGAGCAUGCAGAUGGUCCUCGGGUUCCUGGUGCCGCUGAUGAUCAUGAUCUUCUGCUACUCCUGCACUAUGGUGACUCUGCUCAAAGCACAAAACUUCCAGAAGCACAAGGCAAUCCGCGUGGUCCUGGCCGUGGUCUUCGUGUUCGUCCUGUGCCAUCUGCCUUACAACAUGACGCUUCUGGUCCACACCAGCAAACGCUUCGGUGAGAAGGAAUGCAAGGAAGAACAGCUGACUCUGAUGACUCUGUCCAUUAGCAAGAGCGUGGCCUACCUUCACUGCUGCUUGAAUCCCAUUCUGUACGCCUUCAUCGGGGUUAAAUUCAGGAGCCACUUUUGUCAGAUCUUCAGAGACUUGCGUUGCCUGGGGCAGCGGUACAUUUCAGGACGCUCCUCUCAGCAGACCUCCGAACUGUACGUGUCAACAAACAAACCCGUUGUUGGACAGAUCCACGAGAACCAAUCAUCUUUUUCAAUGUGACAGAACUUUUUGAGCGUUUGUUCUCAAGGAAGCAGUGGGCUGUGGUUCAUUUGGUGCUUGGUUUGCGUUUUAGUUUAACAGAUUACCAAAAUGAAACUGAAACUUUUGGCAAACUGUUUGGUUUCAUAAUAAGGUUCCAUUAAUGCAUUGAGUGACAUCUCAGGUCCAUUAAAUAAUAUUUAUAUAUCUUUUUUUUGUUGUUGGCCAAAUGGCCUCAAUUUACGUUGUUUGUUCAUGUUAACUAAUGUAGUUCAGUCAUGUUAAUCAAUGGAACGCUAUUGUUUUCAAAAAUUGUAAAUAUUUUUGUUUACUGAACGUUGUCCUAUUCAAAUGCUUCUUCACAGUAACUUUAUUGUGGGCCGGCUACUACAGCUCAUACCUGAUUUGCAAGGCAAAUGCAUAUCGGGAAAUACAUAUCAGUCUCAUCAACAGUGUGGUAUUAUACUAUGAGUGUUAAGGUAAACAAUGCAUUCAUUUUGUAAAAGAAAUAAGCGAGUUUUGAGAAGAAAACCAAAACAUUUAAAGAUUAACCAUGUAAAGUCUGAACUAUUAUGCAUUGCAUUAUGUUUUGAUCGUCUAAAUAUCAUCUUACUGGUAAAGAACAACAACUGCUAUAUCAUGUAAAGCAAGUAUCUCAUACUGUUUUAAAGAUCCCAUUAAUUUACAAGUUAAUAAAAAAUGAUGAAAGAGCACUG